AUGCCGUCCACCUCGGUGUCCGUGCCCCACGCGGAGGGGCCGCCGCAGCCAGGAGGCACCAUGCUCAAGGAACAGCUUCUGCCGGGAGACAAAGGCCUGGCCCAGAACCCCCCAGCCCCACCUCCCACCGGGAGUCCUGGGAAGACUGCCACCAAGGACACACAGGCCAUGGUGAAGGCCCUCACCCCAAUGCCACCCGCCAGGCCCAGGCUGGAGCGCACCCUGUCCCUGGACGAGAAGGGCUGGAGGCGGCGGCGCUUCCGAGCCAGCCAGGAGGACCUGGCCGGCCAGGACAAGGCUGGGCCUUGCAAGGACCCCCCCGAGGCCCCCACCUGCAGCAGCUUACCGCCCGGCCUGAGCACCUCCUUACAAGAGAUCCCCGAGUCCCACCGGGCCCCGGGAAGUCCUUCUUCGUGGGGUAACUGCCUCUCGGGCAUGAUCAGCACGUCCCUGGACCUGCUGCACAGAGAGGCCGCUGCCACGGGGAGCACCCCCAGGCUGGCCAACGUGCUCCCCCCAUGCCCGCUGCCCGCCAUGGACCUGAGUGUCUCCUCAGACUCGCUGAGGAUGGCCAACAAGGUGGACCCUGACCGUGAGGAUUUCCGGCGUCGCGUGCAGAAGCUGGUCCGGGCCCACAGCAGCCUGGGCCCCAGCCGGCCCCGCAGCCCCCUGGCCUGCGACAGCUGCUCCCUGCGCUCGGCCAAGUCCUCCUUCAGCCUCCUGGCCCCCAUCCGUGCCAACGACGUCCGCAGCAGGAGCUACCUGGAAGGCAGCCUCCUGGCCAGUGGGGCCUUGCUGGGCGCGGACGAGCUGGCGCGGUACUUCCCGGACCGGAGUGUUGCUGUCUUUGUGGCCACUUGGAACAUGCAGGGCCAGAAGGAGCUCCCGCCCAACCUGGAUGAACUCCUGCUGCCCACCGAGGCCGACUAUGCCCAGGACAUGUACGUCGUCGGGGUCCAGGAAGGCUGCUCUGACAGGCGGGAGUGGGAGGUGCGCCUGCAGGAGACGCUGGGUCCCCACUACGUGCUGCUCCAGUCAGCGGCCCAUGGCGUGCUCUAUCUGUCAGUCUUCCUCCGUAGGGACCUCAUCUGGUUCUGCUCAGAGGUGGAGUGCUCCACGGUGACCACGCGCAUCGUGUCGCACAUCAAGACCAAGGGCGCCCUGGGUGUCGGCUUCACCUUCUUCGGCACUUCCUUCCUCUUCAUCACGUCCCACUUCACCUCUGGAGACGGGAAGGUGGCGGAGCGGCUUCUGGACUACACACGGACCAUCCGGGCCCUCGCCCUGCCCAGGAGCGUGCCCGACACCAACCCCUACCGGUCCAGCCCCGUGGACGUCACCACCCGCUUUGAUGAGGUCUUCUGGUUCGGGGACUUCAACUUCCGGCUGAGUGCCGGGCGGACGGCUGUGGAGGCACUCCUGAGACAGGAGCUGGAGACAGACAUGUCAGCCCUGCUGCAGCAUGACCAGCUGACCAGGGAGAUGAGGCGAGGUGCCAUCUUCAAGGGCUUCCAGGAGCCAGACAUCCACUUCCUCCCCUCAUACAAGUUCGACAUUGGGAAGGACACCUACGACAGCACCUCCAAGCAGAGGACGCCCUCCUACACGGACCGGGUGAUGUACAGGAGUCGUCACAAGGACGACAUUUGCCCAGUCAAGUACUCCUCUUGCCCCAGCAUCCGGACGUCUGACCACCGCCCCGUGUACGGCCUGUUCCGCGUCAGAGUGAGGCCGGGGAGAGACAACAUCCCGCUGGCCGCCGGCAAGUUCGACCGGGAACUGUACCUCAUAGGGAUCAAAAGGCGGAUUUCAAAGGAAAUUCAGAGACAGCAGGCGCUAAAGAACCAAAACUCCAGUGCCAUCUGUACAGUGUCCUGAGCGAGGACUGGAACCCGGAGCAGGAGGCGCUGAGCCUUGUCACUGGAGAGACGAAGAGGCCUCAGCAGCGGUCCGCUGUGGGGUCCGCCGAGCCAUCCUGCAGGCUGCCCCCUUCCCACUGAGGCGUUG